AUGAAUCUAAACAUCCCUUAACUUAAAGGAAGUUAUGGAAAUUUGAAGCCUUUAAAUUCUCUUGAUUUAUUAGCAAAGGAAACUGAAGAGGACUUAAGUGAAAUUAAUAGGCUAUAAAAAAGACUAAAUGAGCAGUAGUAGUAAGUUGAUGCAUUAAUGAAAGUUGUUUCAAAUUCAUAAUAAUAAAUAUAUGUUUCACAAGAUAGAUAUAGACACUCUAUAGAGAGUGAAAGAUUAAAUAAUCAAUUACUUGAAGAAAUAAAGCAUUUAAAAAAACAAAUUAAACAAAUAGAAAGUGGUCCAAGACUUCCUUAAGCUCCUUUUUUACCUCCAUUUGUACCUUAAUAACAAUAUCCCUACAAUUUUCAUCAAUCAAUCAAUUAGAUGCCUAUGCCUUAUCCUAUGCCAAGUUAAAAUCCUUAUUAUUAAUAUUAUCCAUUCUAGAAUAUGCUUUUACAACCACCUUAAAAAGAAGAGAGAAGUUUUAGUAAAAUAUUGAAAGGUUUAGCUAAAAAAAAAGAAGAAGAACAAUUAAAUUAAAUAAUGUUGUAAUUAUUAAAAAACUAGGAGAAGGAUCCAGAAAAGGAUGAUCAUUAAAGGAAGAAAUCCAGAAGAAAUUUAAAGGUCAAACAUAAAUCUUAGUUAGAUGCUUCUAAUUUUUAAUAUAGCUAAAGUUCUAGAUAAGAUGAUUCAUCACCAUAACCAGUAUAAAAAAAGUCACAUAAAAAAUAAACUAUCAAGCCUUAAGAAUAAAAAUUACCAUCAUUAAGUUAAAGUUCUAAACCUAAACUUCAACCCCUUCGAGUCAAACCAACUCCAGAGAGAUUAAAGAUAUUAAAGAAAAAGUUCAAAUACUGUACAUGGAUGGUGUUAUUUUAUAAAAACAAAUAUUAUAAAAUCCUUGAAAAAAAGGCAAUUAAGAGAUUUAAUGAUGAAAUUGGUCUGUAUGAUGACUAAUUUGUAAAUAACAAAAUUAUAUUAGUUAUUUUCGGAUUUCUUAACAAAAUUUUAUCAAGAAGGUUAAAAACUUUCCAUAUUCAAAAAAUCAUGGGUGUUCACUGAAAAAAAAGAUGUUCCAAAUCGUAUUGCGAACUUAAUCAAAGCUGCAGAAAUCUUUCUUUAAUAAUUAAACACAGUAACAAAAGAUAUUAAAUUUGAUCAAAAACAUUUAUUAUACAUCAAAGCAUUCACAACUAAUGAGGGUUAUUUAUUUCCAGCUCAUUCAGGUUUUGUGGCUCAAAGAUUAAAAUUAAAUUACAAAAGAAAGCUAAAGUAUGUUUUAAUAUUUAUUAAGAUUCACUUCUGUUGAUCAAUAAAAAAUGGCUUUUUUGGAAUAUUCAUAUAUUUAAUUAAUAAUAUUUGAUAAAAUAUUCUCUAUUAGUGGUAUGCAACAGUUUUUAAAGCCAUUUGCAGAACCUUUAAAGAUUUUCACCUCAUUGCUGCAAUAUUUAUUUAUAGAUAAAUUCAAGAAUUUAUAGAUUCUUUCAAAAGGGUUGAUGAAUCAAGUAAUAAAUGAUUUAAUAAUAAAUUAAGAUUGGAUAAGUUCUAAUCUUGGAUUUUACAUAACGUAAUCUAAAUGAUGUUCCUAAAAUAAUUGAUGAGAAAGAUCCAAAAUUUUUGAUGACUGAAUAAUUUCCAAUAUUGGGAUUAUAUGAUGAGACAGUUUUGAAACCUGUGAUAGAUAAUCCUGGAUUUGCAAAUCUUUAAGCUCAAUUUAAAGUUUAUGCUGAUUGUAUUUACUCAAAGAUAGUAUGAGAUAAAUAUAUAAAAUACUUGACAUAAAUUUUCAUAAAAAAUUAAUACUUAUAUAAAG